AUGACUCAACUUGCAGUUUUCCAGUGUUUGGUAUUCUCCCUGUGCUUUCUGCUCAUUACCUUUAGUGCUGAUGCUAACAGUCAGGUUGGCAACCUUCAAAAAUUGAUCAUGUCAAGAAAGUCACAAAACCCGCCUCUUGCAGCUUCUUGGGCAAGACUAGAUGCAACAGAGGAGCACUCGACAGUGUUCGUCGAACCGCAAGAUGGGUUGAUGGAAGCCAAUAGGAUCGAUAAGCUGCCGGGGCAACCACAAGGCGUGAACUUUAAUCAGUUCUCAGGCUAUGUCACAGUUGAUCCUAAGGCUGGAAAAGCUCUCUUCUAUUAUUUUGUUGAGUCCCCAAAGUACUCUUCCACUAACCCUGUGGUCUUGUGGCUCAAUGGAGGGCCAGGAUGCUCCUCUUUUGGUUAUGGGGCCAUGAUGGAACUAGGACCCUUCAGAGUCAGUAGUGAUGGCAAAACACUUUUCAGAAACAACCAUUCAUGGAUUAAUGUGGCCAAUGUGAUCUUCUUGGAAUCUCCAGCCGGUGUGGGGUUUUCCUAUUCAAAAACAACCUCUGAUUACCAACGAACCGGGGAUAAGAGCACCGCCAAAGAUGCCUAUAAUUUUCUUAUCAACUGGUUCGAGCGGUUUCCACAAUACAAAUCCAGAGACUUCUUCAUAGUGGGGGAGAGCUACGCUGGCCACUAUGUACCUCAACUCGCAUACACCAUUCUUCUCAACAACAAGAAUGCAAUCAUAAAUCUCAAAGGCAUAGCUAUAGGGAAUGCAUGGAUUGAUGAUGCUACAAAUACAAUGGGGAUUUUUGAUUAUUUAUGGACACAUGCCUUGAACUCUGAUGAAACCAACAAAGGCAUCCAUUCUUUCUGUGACUUUGGGAGUUUAAGUUCAUCAGCCCAAUGUGACAGCUUUCAAGAGAAGGCAUUAUAUAUGGAAAUGGGUGAUAUUGAUUUUUAUAACAUUUAUGCCCCGAUCUGCCUCAAGGCUUCAUUCAAAAAAGGAUUAACUAGUUCUAUUUACAAUUUCAAUCCCUGUUCAGACAACUAUAUCAAAUCUUAUUUGAAUAUCCCUAAAGUGCAAGCUGCUCUUCAUGCAAAUCCAACAACUUGGAGUGCUUGCAGAGAUUUUAACUGGACUGAUAGCCCAAGUACCAUCCUGCCUAUGAUCAAGGAUCUCAUGAGGAGCGGUAUAAGGGUAUGGUUGUACAGUGGGGAUACUGAUGGUCGCGUGCCGAUUACCUCAACUAGGUACUCCAUAAACAGCCUAAAUCUCUCCAUUGUUUCUCCUUGGCAUCCAUGGUACACCAACAAAGAGGUGGGCGGUUAUGUGGUGCAAUACAAAGGAUUAACAUUAGCUACAGUAAGAGGAGCCGGACACCUAGUUCCAACCUACCAACCACAAAGAGCACUGACCAUGAUCUCAUCAUUCCUUCAAGGAAACCUUCCUCCUUCCUCACCAUGA